CCCAUGUCCACCAAGUUCUACACUUGUGCUGACGCAAUUCCUGUUUUCCUCCAAGAAAGGGACAUUUUCUUGAGGGAAACUUCCCACAACGCCUACCGUCGAUCUUCAUAUGUCCUCUCUCACUCUAUAAUCUCCCUCCCAUCCCUAGCCUUCCUCUCGAUUGCAUUCUCGACAACCACCUAUUGGGCCGUGAGCCUAGCAGGUGGGAUCCCGGGCUUCUUUUUCUUCUUGCUCUUCAUUUUCUUGUCCUUUUGGGCAGGUUCGUCUUUCGUGACGUUCCUGUCUGGGGUAAUCUACAAUGUCAUGGUGGGGUACACUGUGGUCGUGGCGAUCCUCGCCUACUUCGUCCUCUUUAGCGGCUUCUUCAUAAGCAGAGACAGAAUUCCGCCUUACUGGAUAUGGUUCCACUACGCGUCGUUUGUGAAGUACCCCUUUCAAGGGGUUUUGCAAAACGAGUUCAGUGACUCGAAGGGGUGUUUUGUGAAGGGUGUGGAGAUUUUUGAGGGGUCGCCAUUGAAUGGCGUCCCGAAAGAGAUGAAGCUGAAGCUGCUGGAGAAGAUGAGUGAGACGUUGGGGAUGAAUAUUACUGCGUCAACUUGUUUGACUAAUGGGACUGAUAUACUGAAGCAGUCUGGGCUCACUGAUCUUGACAAAUGGAGUUGCCUUUGGGUCACCAUUGCUUGGGGUUUUUUCUUUAGAGUUCUCUUUUAUUUUACUUUGUUGGUUGGAAGCAAAAACAAGAGAAAGUAGCUCAAUUGUAUAUGGCAAUGAGUCAGUCUAGCUAACCAGAAGAUACAUAUUUCAUUAUGAUCUCAC